AUGCCAGCAGUGAAGGCACGAUUGUCCAGUUCAGCAUUAGAACAACCAGCACGGAUCUCACCAAUACCUCCUCCACGGGCGCCAAAUGAACGUAGAAAGAAAGUUCCCUUACUUACAGCCAUCAAGCCAGAAAAUGAAAAAACAGAACGUGAAAGAUUCAUGAGAGCUCAUUUUAUUUAUAAUCCAUUUUUUAUUUAUCGUUAUCCUGCUGAAAUUUCUGUCAUUGAGAAAUAUAAUCAACCUUCAGACAGAUAUAUGUUUCAGGCUGAGUUAAUAAUGGAAAAGACUAUAGAGAGAUAUGGUAGUUACGAAGUGUUUGAAGAAAUUACUGGUGGAUCAAUAUUAAGCCGACCCCAAAUCUGCAGUUUAGUAAAGAAAUAUUUGAAGAAAGAGGAUUUAGAAAGUCAUAUAUCAGUUAAUUUGAGUGAAGAUCUUAUGUCUAGAGGAAGUAUGACUCUGGUCAAGGGUAGACCAACAUUAAAUGUUAGAAUUGUCAACUUAAGAGAGCAGUGGGCUGGAGGUCUUUUACGCCAUGAAAUAGGAACUCAUUAUCUUAGAAGUUGGAAUAAUCAGUUUCAGUUAUGGGGUAACAGCAAAACUCGGAAAGAAAUGGGACUGAGACCAUUCAAUCCAACAGAAGAAGGAUUAGCAUCUUUACAUAGUGUAUUAAAUAGGCCAGACCCUUUAAUGUGGAGGGCUGCAUUAUUAUAUUAUACUGCUUAUAAAGCAUCUAUUAUGUCAUUUAAAGAACUAUUUCAUGAUCUAGGACGCUAUGUGACCAACCCUCUAGUUAGAUGGGAUUAUUGUAUGAGAGCUAAACGUGGUCAGUCGGACACUUCCAAACCAGGUGGUUUUAGCAAAGAUCAGGUGUAUUUGGAUGGAGCUUUACAGAUUUUAAAACGCAGACAUACAUUAAAUUUUAGUUUAUUAACUAGAUUAGGUAAAAUAUCACAUAAGGAUUUAGAGAAUCUACAAGAUUUGUGUCAAGAUGAACAUACCAGAGUACCUGGUUUUAUGAAAGAUAUGACAAUUUAUCGUAAAUAUAUUGACAGGAUUGUUGAAGCUAAUGGUUUAACUGAUGAUAUCUUGGAAGAAGUGGAAUGA